CUCGACGUUGAGGGUGACACUGCUACCUCAAGGUUCCGAUCCAAGAUCGCGCUAUUCUCUGAUACUAUCAUGCUUGAUUAGGCUAGGAUUCCUCCAUUCGAGCUAGCAGACAGGAGGUCCGCAAGCUCUACAGUCAGACUCGGACGUACUUCCCUUCGUGAUCAAACCCUUUUUACCUGGAACGCAAAUAACGUUGGAAUACUUCCCGCCAUGAACAAGUUAAAACUCGUCUGGUGGCUUCUCAACCUCUGCCUACUUGCUGCCGGCGUCGUUGCCAUCGGCUAUGCUGCAGUCGUAUCCAAGGGUGAAGACUUGUUGAUCUCGAUGGCCGUGACGAAGCACGAUGAGAAAAUCGGAACCUUCACUGGAGCAUGCUUGCUGGCAAGCUUUCUCCUGUCGAUCGUUGCAAUCACAAGGCCCGUCUACCGGAACAAACUCCUGAUCGCUUUCAACUGGACGCUGGUCGUCAAUAUGUGCGUGGCUACCGCCGUCGGCACCAGUAUCUGGUUCGUGUCGUUGCGACAGCGAAAUCAUUUUGCCAAGGUUUGGGUGAAGCAGUCCCCGAAUGAACAGGCCCAUCUACAGAACAAGUUCUCAUGCUGUGGCUACUACAACGCUACAACGGAAGGUCUGUUCAUGACAGCCCUCGGCUUCUGCGCCGAUACCGAAUUUGCCGAGGCACAAAGGGGAUGUAUCGACGAGAUAACGACUCGAACGGAUUAUACUCUGGAGAACGUUUUCACUUCCAUCUACGGGUUUGUCGGCAUUGUGGGAGCUCUCUUUCUGGCCACUGUUUGCGUUAUCAACGAGAGGAAGCUCGAAGUCCGUUUCGCGAAGAUCGAUGCCAAACGUGGCGGCAGCGGAUUUGUGUGAACGCUGGACGUAUUAGCUCAUCUAUGAUCCAUGAUAUACCUCAUGCAUUACUUUCUAUACGUGGAAGGUCAGGCAACAGCGAGCUUGGGGCGUCAGGACUGCUGGCUCGAUUCAGGUUGCAAGCAUAGUUUGCGAGCGGGAGCUUAUGGAUGAAAGGGUUGUUUAGCUUCUUG